AUGGACCACGCACACCACCAUGGCGCCAGUGCUAUGGACAUGCAUAUGGGUGACAGGUGCAGCAUGAACAUGCUCUUCACAUGGAACACGAACAACCUAUGUGUCGUCUUCCGCUGGUGGCAUGUCCGCUCGACAUUCGGUCUCUUGGUAUCGCUUCUGGCCAUCGUGGCAUUUAGUGCCGGCUACGAGGCCCUGCGAGAGGGCGUGCGGCGCUACGAAGCGAAGACGGCCAGACAGACAGAGACGGCACCGCACGAGGAUCACGAACGCGAUGACCAAGAUACUGAGACUACGCCUAUCCUGCGCACAGGAAUGGCUCAAUCGCCAAUCGCUAAGAGAGCGCAUAUAAUCAAAGCUAUGCUCUAUGGAGUGCAAAAUUUUUACGCGUUCAUGAUCAUGCUCAUUUUCAUGACAUACAAUGGCUGGGUGAUGAUUUCGGUGUCCGUGGGCGCCUUCCUCGGCUACCUCCUGUUCGGCGGCUCGACGACGGUAACCAAGGAGACGGCAUGCCAUUAG